CGUGUUGGGUUCAUCAACGCGGGGUUUCCUUUCAUUCUAGUCCUUCAUUUUGUGUCCCUCAAACAGGAUCAACAAAAAAUUCCCCAAAGAGUUUGACAAAGAAAGGCAAGAUGAAUCAAGUGUCCAGUGAGUCGUUCUUCCGCACAAAAAGUGAGAGCGGAAGUGGGACCCUCCUCAGCUCCGGACGUGGCAACCUCACGAAGAAGAGUCGAGGGCAGCUGACGAGCCUGCAGCGCGUUUGCAUGCGCUGAGGCCCCGUCCGGCCCGCCGUGUCCUUCGUGGAGCAGGAAUGCGCGCUACUCUUGAUCUAUGUAGGCCAGGCCUGUGCCUGGACCCCCGACCCCCCCCCUUUUUUUUAGGGGGGGUUUAAAAAGGUUCAAGUCAUUAUUCUCCUGCUGCUAUUCAGACCAGGUCCCGUCAGCUCAUUGUUAUUCAGGCCCAGUGAGGGAAAGCAAGCGAGUGAGCGGCAGGCCACUGCUUUGGAGGCCGAUCGCGCUCCGCCGGGAAGCUGCAUGGGCGGACCUGCUGUGGAGGGGAGGGCUGGAGAAAGUGCUCCUGGACACUUUUUCACUUUUUUUUUUUUCUUUAUGCAUCCGUGAAGGCAUGUUGCUAAUCGGCUCAGUAAUGAGGAGAGGUACUGAACGGCACCAAAUAUCUGACCUCCAUUCUUGUGUGCAGGCGAGAGAGAGAGAGAGAGAGAGAGAGAGCGCGCGCGCAUGUGAAAAAGGGGUGGAGGGGAGUUGAGAUUUAGUGGCCUGCCUGGUGAAACAAUCCCCCCACUCACUGAAGCCACCCGACGCAAGAAGAGAGAGGACAGCUCAUCAGGAACUCUCGCUCGCUCGCCUCUUCCGACUAUGAGAUGAGAACAAGAGCGUCCUGACCAAGGAAGAGCGAGACCCGUCAGGAACAACACACUUGGAAGAGAGAAGCCGCAGAAGCACAAAAUGUCACGAACGGACGAGGUCAACAAGAUGACGGAAAAUGUUUAUAAGGGUAUCCUGGACCACUUCAACCCCAGCUUGAAGAAUUUUGUCACCAUGGGAAAACACUACGAGAAAGCCCUCACAGGAGUGACAGUGGCAGCGAAGGGCUACUUUGACGCUCUGGUCAAGCUGGGAGAGCUGGCCAGCGACAGCCAAGGUUCCAAGGAGCUGGGAGACACAUUAUUUCAAAUGGCCGAGGUCCACAGACAGAUCCAGGUGCAGCUGGAAGACGUGCUCAAAUUGUUUCAUUCCGAGCUGCUGGCCCAGCUGGAGCAGAAGCUGGAACUGGACAUAAAAUACCUCACAGCCACACUAAAGAAGUACCAGAACGAGCGGCGGUCCAAGACAGAUUCCAUCGAGCGCUGCCAGGCGCAGCUGAAGAAGCUGCGCAGGAAGAGCUUGGGCAGCCGUCACCCGAACAAGUACGGAGAUCGAGAGAUGCAGUUUGUGGAGCUGAUGAGUCGGCGCCAAGUGGAGCUGGACACGCUGGUCGCGACGGGUUAUAGGUCGGCGCUGACUGAGGAAAGGAGGCGAUACUGCUUCCUGGUGGAUCGGCAGUGUUGCGUGACCAAGCUGCUCAUCAACUACCACUGCAAGGUGAAGGAGCUCCUGUCACAAAAACUGUCGUCGUGGCAGCAGUCGUGCACUCAGCCGACCAAACUACCAGAGCGCGCUCUCAACUUGCUGCGUCACACGGCGCCACAGAGCUCCGGGGCUGCUGGGAUCGCCGAGGUCCUGCGAUACACCAAGCUGGGCUGCUCUCAGCCGGAACAGAGGCUGUCAGUUCAAGAGGUCCCACCUCUGUUGAAUGGGGACCGCUCCCAGCAGCAGCAGCAGCAGCAGCAGCACUCGCUCCCCUCCUCGUCCUCCCAGAGCGACGCCUGCCCUCAGGGCUCUCCGCAGACCUUCCGGUCCGUGUCGGCCACUGGAACCUCGUCGAGAGGAGCGUCCCCUCAGCACAGCUGCUCCCCGCUCACCGUGUCGGCGACGAGUCCCCUGGCCGACAGCAGCACCAGCGGCAGCGCCAGCCCCGCCGCGUCCACCCCCACAGGAGGCGCGGCGCAGCCCGCCUCCUCUCUCCUCUUGGCCGCCAACACCAGCAACCUGUCGCCGAGCCUCAUCCCCUCCACCGUCAUGUCGCUCAGCCAGGUGCCCCCGAGCGAAAGCGCCUCGCAGGGCGUCACGCUCGCGAUUCCGCACAGCGCCCCCCACAGCCCGACGCUGCCCCACAGCGCCCCUCUGUCCAGGGCUAUGACUCCCGUGCAGCUGCUGCAUCAACAGGUGGGCCCGGGAGGGAACAACACUCUACCUGUCGCUCAUCCUUGGCUGAAGAAGACUGCUGAGAUGUGCGCCACGUCCACUCUUCCGCUUCCCAAGCGGCCCGGCAGUGAGAUGAGGCUGGGCGGCUUUCAAGGCGCCAGGAUGCUGCCUCUUUCGGGGCCCACGCGGGUGGAGGCCAUGUUUGCUCACUCGCCCGGCGCGUCAGAAGGUGGGGGAGGAGGCGGCGGCGCUUCCUUGCUGCACUUCCUGCCGGGGGACAGCAUCACCCUGCUGAUUUCUGAGCCGAGAGACGGGUGGCACUACGGGCAGAAUGAUCGGACCGGGCGGAAAGGCUGGUUCCCUUUCUCCUACACUCAGCCACAACAUGGCAGGACGGAUCACCUUGAGAGGCGAGUCAGCCUUGACCACACACCCAAAAGCUCCUUUUUCCUUUCCAAGGCCAACAGCACCAGCAUGAGCCAGCUGGACCAGCUGGUGUCUCCCAAUCUCAGCCCCGAGUCGGCGGAGGAGCGCUCCUUCCCUCCCCAGAGGAUCAGCACCUUCCGGCCACGCCCGUACAGCAUGGCCGACUCCAACAGGAUCUGUGCACAGUUGGCCUCCUCACCACCGUCUCCAACGAGGACCAACCCGUUUGCCCACAUUCGUCUCCGAAGAACCGUCACCAACGAUCGCUCGGCGCCAAUCAUCGAGUGAGCGCUCCACUUUUGGGGACAGAACAGAUCAUUGUUUCAAGAGUACUCCCCUCUCUGUUUUCAUUUCAUUUAAUGUGAUGCUAGUUAGGUAUUUUUUUUUUUCCGAAAGGUGGAUGUGCGGAGCUGAUCUGUGAUCCAUCAAAAUUGUUCAGUGAGACUAAAACGGGGCUGGGCCAAUGCUUUCUGAUCAGGGAAGUCCUGCGAGGGCUCUACUAAAGUCAUGAAAAAUAAUACCAAUAUACUGUCAAUGUUUUGAAGCCCACCAAUGCUCCAGAUAAACACCAAUGCUCAAAAUCAACAUCAUUUUAGUUUUAUUUUUUUAAUUUUUUUGGAUCAUCUGCUGUAAUCGACAUUUUUCGGCUUCUCUCUAGCAACUUUUUUGCCUAUCGUUAGCCUUUUGUUUGCCUUCUUGCCUCACUCACAGAGGUGCUUGUAGCUGAGUGUGUUGCAGGAUUGGCUUCUAUUUUACAGUCGAGUCAAGCUUUAUGCCUUGGGACCCGGUUCCUGUGGUAAUUGGCUGACAAAUUCAGAUUGUGACCUUAGGUGGCAUAUAGUUUUAGAGUCGGGUGUUUUUGGCACUGCUUUAAAGAUGUACAGGUAGUUAUUGUGUAAAUUAGGAUUUCACAGUCGUGUGUGUGUGUGUGUGUGUGUGUGUGUGUGUGUGUGUGUGUGUGUGUGUGUGUGUGUGUGUGUGUGUGUGUGGCUAUAACAGGCUGAGGCCAGUAAUCGACAAACAUGCUGCUGCUUUGAUAUUGCGUAUCCCCAGUGUUGCUCUUCACCUUGUUUAGAGUAAUGUUCUCAACAUUUUUGGGGUCCGGGACCCCUGCUUAUUUUUGCCCCCUCCCCCGCCCCGUGUCACGGUCUGCUUCGUCUGAAACAGGCAGCUUUUUUUUUUUUUUAAUUUGUCGUCAGUCUCAUGACCUGACUUUCAAAUGCUAACCUGAUCCUUGCAAGUUAGCAAUUUUAGCUGUAGCUUCUUCCUGCUGAUGUUUCAUCAUAAAAGAUGAAUUAAGUCAUGAUCCCACAGAAAUGCUCGGGAUUUUGUAAUUUUGAAAUGAAUGCAGCUGAUCUUAAAUUUGCAUUAACACUCUGCCAUAGUAACUUGAGCAAUGCAAAUGUGAGCUAGAGGGCCCCCCCCCUCCCUGGGUAAAAAGCUCAAAAAACAACAUUCUGUCAUGUAGUUAUAUCCACUGUGAGGUAAACUUAAAAUGUAGUUAAUUCAUGAUGAAGUUGUCUCUCGGUAGAAGCCAGUUUUAAAAAUGCACAAGAGCAGUGGGUCACCAUAAGGGUUAACAUCUGGACUGCAGGAUGCUUUUAUUUUAAGGGUUUUUUUUUCCUAAAGGAAGAAGAAAGUCGUUGAGGGUAAGUUUGAAGAAAAGUCAAUAUUUUAGUCUUUGGAGGUUUUUGAUUCCUUUUCAGUCCCCCGAUACAAAGCUAGUCAUCAUGAGGGUGGGAUGCACCAUCAUUGUUUGCGUUUACCCAGGAGACUCAGCAGAAUCUUGUGUUGGUCAAAGGUUUGCAGUAUUGGAAAGUGCUGGAGAAGGUUUACAGGAAAGUUGUCGAAAGCCACGGAAGCGUUCAUUGCUAAGCGAGAGAUCAAAUGCCUUUUCGUAGCUCUGUAGCCAGAAGAGAAAGAUGGUGUUUGUAAAGCCAAUGUUGGAACCGCUAUGAUGUGGUAUUUGCAGUCCCUCGAGGGAGAUGACAUCAUCAAGACUAACGGCCACCCCCAUAAUCAAGUCGAGAUGCGCUUGCUUUGGCACAAAUUCUGAUCUAACGUGUAUGUGAUCUUUUCACUUUGGUAUGCGGAUAUUUGUAUCGAUGUUGUGGAAUCAGGUUGGCUUAAAAUGAUGAAUGUGAAGUUGAUAUAACGAUGUUGAAGUCAAGGUAUUCAAACAACAAAAUCAACAACAUAUCCCUAAUUUUGUUGGGAAGAAAAAGCUCUAUCGAAUGCAGAGCACAUGAUGUAAUCACACGAUCAAGAGUAGACUAUUGAAUAUUUCGAGGUGAGUACAAGUGAAGCGCCAUGUCCACACUGUUGCUCGUUGCGGCCGGUUUGGACAUUUUCUCUUCGCCCUGUACUCCACUUUUGUUGCCAACUGUUUGAUUGCAUUUGUGUGGAGGAACUCGAAAUUUAGUUUGACAAGCUCUACACUGACUACAUUGUAGAAAAGUGUCACAUCUUCAGUGUUGUCCCACGAAAACGAAAAUGUGAGGGAUAUUCUCACUUAGGUGAGAUUUUGUAAAAGUCUUCUUCCAAUUUGAAAUGCUAACAAACACGAUGCAAAUGUUUCGACAUUAGCCAUGUGAAAUUGUAUACAAAAAAAGUAAGAGUCUAGGUGGCUGCAGUUUCCUAACAUGAGUAAUAAUGAAUACUGACAUUGAGCAAAAUAAAGAAAAAUCUGUGGCAGA